AUGAAGGACGUGGAAGGCAUCAUGCGUGGAACGUGCGGUGCAUGCACGGGCUGCCCUGAAUACGCGGUUAAGACUGAUGGUUCAAACACCUGUGAGGAAUGCCAAUGUCCUGUUGGGAGACACGUUGCAGCUGAUGGAAAUACUGGAGACGGCACUGGUAAAAAUGCAAAAGGUGAAAAGGUGUCGCUAGUAGGUCAAGCUCUUGCAGGAGCCGACAACAAUCGAUAUGCAUUUGUCGCUACCUGGGUAUUUUACUCCAUCCUCGUUUGGGGAUCCAUUACUGGCUGCAUUACUCUAUACAUGCUCUCUGGCGCACACAAAACCAAAGCUCAAGCUAUAUUUGAAAAUGACCACAUUUCCACUAUACUACACAAGUACUGUUGUGGUGGCUACGCUUUCGGUAUAUGCUUCUCCUUCUUGACCUACCUCGGUACCCGCAACCCUGAGCGUAAAUCGUUGGCAAUUUCACUUGUCGGAAUCAAGUUUAUUGCCUUUAUGUCAUACUUUUUGCAAUUCCACAAGUUGACUCCUGCUGUCAUGAUGCCAAACGGUGUGCCAUACUUGACUUCUCGUAGUUUAGAAUGGAUGUUCUGUACUCCUUGUUUGAUGUGGGUUUACCGUCAAAUCACUUGUGCAUACGACCCAAUGGCCAACAGUAUUGCUCUGGAUAUCGCUAUGGUUGUCACUGGUUGGAUUGGUGCUGUUGCUCCUGAGCCAUAUGGUGCCUUCUGGAACACCGUUUCUUGUUUGGUCUACCUCCCUGUCAUUGACCACAUCAUGGACAUGUUCCAACGUGCUAUUGAGGAAAAGACUGACUGUCGAUUGGACAAGCAAUCCUUGUACUGGGCUAAAACCGCUGUUUGGGCUGCAUGGUGGGGAUUCACUGUUGUCUACUACUUGCAAAAAGAUGUCAUCGUCGACUUUGCCACUGGUGAAUUUUUGUACGUCUGCUGUGACAUGAUUGCUAAGGUUGUCUUCUCCCUCAUUCUCAUCAAUGCCUCUCAAGAAUCAUCCGCCGCUGAACGGGUCGGCAAGCUCUCUGCCGCUGCUGCUGAACUCGAAACUCAAAUGGAUAACUCUGAUGCUCUCUUGGAGAAGAUGAUGCCCGCCAACGUUUUGGAACAAAUCAAGAAUGGUCAAGGAACUGAAGCCGAGGAAUUCCAAAGCGUCACUGUCUUCUUCUCUGAUAUUGCCAACUUUGGUUCAUUGUCAAACAAGGCCUCUGCUAAGGAAAUGAUUAACAUUCUCAACGCUCUCUGGCGUGAAUACGAUGUGGUCGCUAAGAAAUGGAACGUCUACAAGGUCGAAACCAUUGGAGAUGCUUACCUCGGUGUUACUGGUUGUCCCAAACGUUGUGACGGUCACGCCGUACAAGGUGUUAACUUUGCCAUUGAUUUGAUUGCCAUGGCCAAGGCCUUCAAAGCCGGAAACUUGGAUGAAGGAGUUCAAAUCCGCAUUGGUCUCAACUCUGGAUCUGUUACUGCUGGUGUUUUGGGUGACUUGAAUCCUCAUUGGUGUUUGGUCGGUGAUACUGUCAAUACUGCUUCUCGUAUGGAGUCCACAUCCAAGCCGUUGUGUGUACACAUUUCGGAAUCUACUUACAACUUGGUUAAACAUGAUCCUACUCUUGACAUCUCUGCUCCUGAUGUCAUGAACGUCAAGGGCAAAGGUGUAAUGAACACCUUCUGGGUCCAUGGACGCAAGUGA